GAUCCAGAGGAAUUGAUGGCAGAGAAACAUCCCUGGGGACACACACAUACUCACAAGCAAAGUGCGCACACACCCAAUCAUACAACAGGCACCAUGCAGGAGUCAGAGCCUACAGUGUGCCAGCUGCAGCCCAACAUCAUCUCAGUGCGUCUUUUCAAGAGGAAGGUUGGUGGUCUGGGCUUUUUGGUGAAGCAGAGAGUGGCCAAGCCACCUGUCAUUGUGUCUGACCUUAUCCGUGGGGGCGCAGCAGAAGAGUGCGGCCUGGUGCAGGUGGGUGACAUCGUUUUGGCUGUCAACAACAAGCCCCUAGUGGACCUGUCCUACGAACGGGCCCUGGAGACACUAAAAAACGUUUCACCCGAGACCCACGCCGUGCUUAUACUCCGUGGCCCUGAGGGCUUCACCACCCACCUGGAGACCACCCUGUCUGGAGAUGGCCGCCAACGCACAGUGAGGGUCACACGCCCUGCCUUCCCACCCUCAAAGUCCUUUGAGCACUGCUCCCCUCUCAGCCCAUUUGGCCCUGGGCAGCAGCAGCAGGUCAACAAGGAACCCCAGCUCAGGGCCAUUGAGAACCUGUCCUCUCCUUCCAUCACCCAGUCCCUCCUACAAAGGGGAGGCGUACAAGCCCAGGACCCCUUGCUGAUGAGGGACGGGGGCCGUGGAACUCACCUGUGCAACGGGCUGGAGGAAAACAACGAGCUGCUGAAGGAGAUCGAACCAGUGCUGCGCCUCAUCAAGAACAGCAAAAAGGAGAUCAAUGGAGAAGGCCAGAGGAAUGUGGGAAGAAGGGAUGCCGAGAUUCAAGUGGCCUGGGACCUUGGUGUGGGAAACGGCACGUCUCCCCAGCUGGCGUCAGAUAACAACAGAAUGCUGGAAAACAUGCCAGUGGUGCUCAACAAUGCUGGAAUUGACAUGCCUCCGACCCAAGGCAGGACCUCACCCACUAAGACACUGCAGAACGGCAGCCCCUCCAAAUGUCCCCGCUUCCUAAAGGUCAGGAACUGGGAGACUGGCACCAUCUACAACGACACACUCCACCACAGCUCCAGCAAGAAUGCGUUAUGCACUGAAAAUGUGUGCAUUGGCUCUGUGAUGAUACCCAACGUCCGCAAACCAGAUGAUGUCAGAAGCAAAGAGGAGCUUCUCCCACUGGCCACUGACUUCAUAGACCAGUACUACACCUCUAUCAAAAGGUUUGGCUCUAAGGCCCAUGUGGAUAGGCUGGAGGAGGUGACCAAGGAGAUUGAGGCUUCAGGAACUUACCAGCUGAAAGACAAUGAACUAAUUUAUGGAGCCAAGCACGCCUGGAGGAAUGCUGCCCGAUGUGUAGGGAGGAUCCAGUGGUCCAAACUGCAGGUUUUUGAUGCUAGAGACUGCACAACAGCUCAUGGAAUGUACAACUACAUCUGUAACCAUAUCAAGUACGCCACCAACAAAGGCAACCUGAGGUCAGCCAUCACCAUAUUUCCUCAGAGGACAGAUGGCAAACAUGACUUUCGAGUGUGGAACACUCAGCUGAUUCGUUAUGCAGGCUAUAAACAGCCUGAUAGAAAGAUCAUGGGUGACCCUGCUAAUGUUGAAUUUACCGAGAUCUGCAUGCAGCUUGGAUGGAAAGCUCCAAAGGGCCGUUUUGAUGUCCUGCCCCUCCUUCUGCAAGCUAGCGGAAAUGAUCCUGAGCUGUUUGAGAUCCCUGAAGACCUCAUCCUGGAGGUGCCGAUCACACACCCAAAGUACGAGUGGUUCAAGGACCUGGACCUGAAGUGGUAUGGCCUACCGGCGGUUUCCAACAUGCUGAUGGAGAUCGGCGGCCUGGAGUUCCCUGGCUGCCCCUUCAGUGGCUGGUACAUGGGCACAGAGAUUGGUGUGAGGGACUUCUGCGACAGCUCACGCUACAACCUUCUGGAGGAGGUUGCUAACAAGAUGGGCUUAGACACCAGGAAGACGUCCUCCCUUUGGAAAGACAAGGCACUUGUGGAGAUCAAUAUUGCUGUUCUCUACAGUUUCCAGUCAUGCAAAGUGACCAUAGUAGACCAUCACUCAGCCACAGAGUCCUUCAUGAAGCACAUGGAGAAUGAGUACAGGGUGCGAGGUGGCUGUCCUGGAGACUGGGUGUGGAUUGUGCCUCCCAUGUCAGGAAGUAUCACACCGGUUUUCCAGCAAGAAAUGCUCAACUACCGCCUCACUCCUUCCUUUGAGUACCAGCCUGAUCCCUGGAAUACUCAUGUGUGGAAAGGAGUCAAUGGGACGCCCACAAAGAAAAGAGCAAUCGGUUUCAAGAAGCUUGCCAAGGCUGUGAAAUUCUCUGCCAAGCUCAUGGGCCAGGCCAUGGCCAAGAGGGUGAAAGCCACCAUACUUUUUGCCACGGAGACGGGCAAGUCGCAUGAUUAUGCCAAAACUCUCUGUGAAAUCUUCAAGCACGCGUUUGACGCAAAGGUCAUGUCAAUGGAUGACUAUGAUGUGGUGGACCUGGAGCACGAGACACUGGUGUUGGUGGUGACCAGCACAUUCGGGAACGGUGAUCCACCUGAAAAUGGAGAGAAAUUUGGAGCUGCCUUAAUGGAGAUGUGUCACCCAACAUCCAACACAGAAAACAGAAAGAGCUACAAAGUCCGUUUUAACAGCGUAUCCUCCUACUCUGACACUCGCAAGUCCUCCAGUGACGAGCCAGAAACGAAGAUUAACUUCGAAAGCACUGGACCUCUCGCCAACGUCAGGUUCUCAGCGUUUGGCCUUGGCUCCAGGGCCUACCCACACUUCUGCGCCUUUGCCCACGCUGUGGACACGCUGUUUGAAGAGCUUGGGGGGGAGCGCAUCCUACGCAUGGGAGAAGGAGAUGAGCUGUGUGGUCAGGAGGAGUCAUUCAGAACCUGGGCCAAGAAGGUUUUUAAGGCUGCCUGUGAUGUGUUCUGCGUUGGUGACGAUGUGAACAUUGAGAAGGCCAACGACUCCUUGAUCAGCAACGAUCGAAGCUGGAAGAAGAGCAAGUUCCGCCUGACAUACACUGCAGAGGCCCCGGCCCUCACCGAAGCAUUGCACAGUGUUCACAAGAAGAAGGUUUAUGGAGCAAAGAUGUUGGAAUCUCAGAACUUACAAACUAACAAAUCUAAUCGCUCCACCAUAUUUGUGCGGCUCGACACAAACAACCACGACAGACUGAGCUACCAGCCCGGCGACCAUCUGGGCAUCUUCCCUGGCAACCACGAGGACCUGGUGACAGCUCUCAUAGAGAAAUUGGAGGAUGCUCCACCUGUCAAUCAAAUUGUCAAAGUGGAGUUCCUGGAGGAGAGGAACACUGCCCUUGGUGUAAUCAGUAACUGGACAAAUGAGACCCGUAUCCCUCCAUGCACCAUCUACCAGGCCUUUCAGUACUUCCUGGACAUUACCACGCCACCAAGUCCUGUGCUGCUGCAGCAAUUUGCUGCUCUGGCAACCAAUGACAAACAGAAAAAGAAACUAGAGCUCCUCAGUAAGGGCUUGCAGGAGUACGAAGAGUGGAAGUGGUACAACAAUCCGACCAUGGUGGAAGUGCUGGAGGAGUUCCCCUCCAUCCAGAUGCCCUCCACUCUGCUGCUCACCCGGCUGCCCCUGCUGCAGCCUCGCUACUACUCUAUCAGCUCCUCUCCAGACCUGUACCCAGGAGAGAUCCACCUCACUGUUGCUGUGGUCUCUUACCGUGCCAGAGAUGGAGCAGGACCAAUCCAUCAUGGAGUGUGUUCAUCGUGGCUCAACAGGAUAGAGAAAGGGGAGAUGGUGCCGUGUUUUGUCAGAGGUGCACCAUCAUUCCAACUACCCAAAGACAACCAAGCACCUUGUAUCCUGGUGGGUCCAGGAACAGGUAUCGCCCCAUUCAGAAGCUUCUGGCAGCAGAGACUAUAUGACCGUGAACACAAAGGAAUUGAGUCGGGCCCCAUGAUCCUGGUCUUUGGUUGUCGGCAGUCUGAGGUGGACCACAUCUACAAAGAGGAGACCAUCCAGGCCAAGAACAAUGAAGUGUUCAAGGAGCUCUACACAGCCUAUUCCAGAGAACCUGGCAAACCAAAGAAAUAUGUACAGGAUGCACUGCGCGAGCAGCUGUCAGAGACGGUGUACCAGUGCCUGAGGGAGGAGGGAGGACACAUCUACGUUUGUGGGGAUGUUACAAUGGCUGGAGACGUACUCAAGACUGUCCAGCAUAUCAUCAAGCAGCAGGGCAAGAUGAGCCUGGAGGAUGCUGGUUUCUUCAUCAGCAAGCUUCGGGAUGAGAAUCGCUACCAUGAGGACAUCUUUGGUGUCACCCUGCGCACCUAUGAGGUCACCAACCGUCUUCGUUCAGAGUCCAUUGCCUACAUUGAGGAGAGCAAAAAGGACUCAGAUGAGGUUUUCUGCUCGUAGGUCGAUGAAUCUGGGGCUUUCUGACGACAACCAGUCUAGAGAACAUGGCAACGCUGGUUAAAGAAUACUGUGCCAAUUUUUGUACUGUAAAAAAAAAAAGGGGGUUUCUUUCUUUUUUAUACCACUUAAAUGUUUCUGUUGGGCUCUGCGGUUUUGUCUGUAGCAAGUUGGAAAUGUUCUGUUCUCUGAGAAUCUGUUUUGCUUGUUGAUGAUACUUCCAAAAAUUAUAAAUUGAUCAUUUUGAUUCAUAAUGUGUGCACCUAGUGUAAUGACCUGCCUCAUUGUGAAUGCAUGACCAAGACAAGAAUAUACUCAAGAAAUAUAAUAUACUCUGUGUUAUUGUUACAGUUAAAAGGCUUGAGGUUUUAUAUUUACAAGGAGAAGUGCGGCAGCGGUGAACACAAACUAAAAAACAUUUUUGAAGUAUGAAUUAAGUUGACCUUACAUUACAGAAAAGAAUCUGUGCUGGUCAAAUCUUUCUUGGCUGUUUUUAUUAAAAGGAUGAAAAGGGAGAGAUAAGUGAAAGCUGUACAGGCAUGCAGAUAGAAGACAAUUUUGGCCUGUCGACAGGUCGCCCUGAAUUAUGAAAACAGCGAUUCUGUCACAGCCUCAACAAACAUAAUCAAGCUCUUCACUGGCAAUCCAUUAAAACGCAUCAGCCUCUGUGCCAGCUGUCUUUUUUAGUGGCUUGUCCAUUUUCUCAUAACAUCAUAAUGUUGUUGUUUUUUUCCCAGCUGGCAAACCGCAUUAGCAGCAGCACAGGAAGGUGCAGGGUAGCCAGUCUGAACCUGAGUCACUACAUAUGAAAAAUAAACUCGAUUUAACAACAUAACCAAACUUUAAACCUCUUCUGAGCUCUCAAAUUUAAAAAUAUUCAAGUAUUGUAUAGUGAAAUGGUAUAACCAUGGUGGAAGGACUCUUUUAGACGAUUAUUAUAAUGAUUAAAUCAGGGAUUGUUUUACAUUUUGGGAGUUGUGCUUAUUCUUAUUCUUAUUGAGAGCUAGAUGGGAAUACAGUAUUGAUAUCGCUCAAAUGUCUGUACGGUAUAUAAUGGCACUGCAUUUAAAAAAAUCUGGCUCACUGUUUGCCAUGUGUCCAGUCUCUAUACCCAUAAAAUCACAUUUUAACAUUUAGUAAGAGCUGCUGGUAGGAGUAUUUUGUGACCUUUGGAUAGAGCAAAGCUAGUCGUUUCCCCUGUUUUCAGUCUUUCUCUGCUAGGCUGAGCUAACCAACAUCCAGCUGUAACAUGAUAGAGGUAUCAAUCCUUAUCUUAUGCUCAGCAAGAUAGCAAAAUAAGCAUUUUUUCCCACCAAAAUGUUAAUCUAUCUCUCUAAAAAUGUAUAUAUGUAACAAAAAUGUUAAGGGAAGCAAACUGAUCUAUUUCAGCACCCUGUCCUGGCUGCCCAGAUCAUAUCAGUCAGCUGUCAACAUGGUGCCAGCUGUCACCUGUUGAGCGUUUUUAAAAUGUGCGUUUAUCAGCAUCACGACUCCUCUGCCUCUUGCCUUACAUUAACUCUCUGCCUCUGCCCACAUACAACACAUUCAUUUUCUUUUCUUUCUCUGCAUGAUAUUGCGCAACCCUGCAGCUCACACGCCAGCCUUUCACUGUGACCUGACACCUGCUCAGUAGCAUCAGCGUGUGUGUGUGUGUGUGUGCGUGCGCGUGUGUAUGUGCCAUAAAAGUCAUCAUAAGUGUGUGCAUCUCUACAUGAGUGGGUGAAAAAAACGUGCAUGUGCUCAGGUGUGUUUCUACAUGAUUAUUCUGCUUGUUGUCUGUUACCUGUUAAAUUGGUCAGAUUUUAAAAUAAGCAUGAAUUUGUUGCUCUGUGAGUCACACAAGCCUGCAAAUUUAAUCAUACAGAUGGUGUUUUGGUAACGGGAAACUGCCCACAUGGCUUUUAGUUUUGAUCUCAGCAGUUUGACUCUAUUGUUUUAAGUUCCAGUGACGUUUUCAUUCAGGGACAAGAGGCAAUUACACUGCCGCCGUGGUCAUUUGCUGCUUUCCAAUGAGUCAGGGUUGUAAUUUGAAUAUAUUUGUGCAAAGGCCACACUGUUUAUUGUCCACACACUUCUGCAGUAACUUGUGGCUUUUCUUGUCAGCUUCUGAGUCUUGUUUGUUACCUUUCUUUGUCUUUUGAUUCAAAUUAAAGAUAGCUGUCAGCAUGAUUAACAGAUUUCAGUGUGAUUUUCAAACAUCCCUAACAGCUGCUGAGAAGAUAUUUGUUUUGUUUCUGUUUUUUUGUUUUUGUUUGUUUUGUUUCAACUAUUUUUACUGCCGGGGGGAAAUGGGCGUUUCCCAUUGUCCCCAAUGUUGUUAAUUCUGGAUGAAUGUCUCCUCUGUAUAAUUUGUUUUAAACAGAUUUAGUUAAAUUGGGAUGAGAGCCGUCAAAGAAAAUGUCUGUGAUGUAAAAUGUGCAACAGGAAAACAAUUGAUACAAGAUAUAGCUUCUAUAUAUAGCUUCUAUCUAUAUAUAAAUAUAUAUAUUCAAAGACAAAUACAAAAUAUAAAGAGUACCACUUCGAUCUUUUCUAAGAAUGUAUUUUGAUUAUGUAAAUGAGCACUAUGAUUCUACUUGAUUUAAAAAGAACAAAAAAAAGGCAUAUUCUAUGGUGUCUCUCAUAUCCUUUAGGUAUGGGGGAUAAAACAGCAGCAUUAAAUAAAUGCAUGGUGAUCUUCUGUCUCCUGUUCAUAUUUUAAAAAAAGCUCUGUCUAUUUACCAGCACUGUGUCAGUCAGUGAGACUGUAUUGUGAAGUUAUCCAGCCUUUCUCACAGGGCUAUGGAUGGUAAAAAAAAAACAUUCUUGAGGGGUUUCCUUUUCUGUGUUUGCAUAUCGCUGCUGCUAUGAGCAACUCUGAUCCAAUCAGCCUCUGCUAUAAUGACCUUUGUUGUGUAACUGAUUGAGGAUAUUCCAUUUUAAUGCAUCGACUGCAAGAACUUUGCAUUUACUUACAAAUAAAGAGAAACAUUUACAGAAUAUGUCAA